AUGUAUAUUUCAAACUCUAAUAAACACAUUGACUACUUACUAUUAUGGAAUAGAAGCAUCAGUGUUAACAUGAGUUUGGGAUUCUUUCGGGGUUUGUUAUCGAAGAAAAACCAACCACAAAUAUCCGAAAUUUCCACGCCAAUUAGCGUGACAAAGAACUAUCAUGUUUCGUACGAUACGACCACGAAGACAUUUCAUGGACUGCCGCCUGAGUGGGAAGAACAAGUGAAAAGUUUAUUUGCUCAUUCGAAACCUGAAGAUAAAGCUCGAGUCAUGACUUGUGCACUUAAAGUUAUUCAACAAACCAUGCGAGAAAAUCGUAAUCCAACGAAACAUAUGCGUAUUCAAGACAAUGCUCAUCCCGAUGGUAUAUCAUAUGAAUCAGGUGAUGAAUUUAGUGAAGCGGAAAGUGAUUUGAGAUUAUCACAAGAAAAGUUGGAUGAUAGUGGAGUUCAUUCGUCACCUGCAAAAGAUUUAAGUGCUACUCCGUCGGGGCCUAAGAAAUAUUCUACUACUGGUCCGCCUCAACAGAUCAAUAUGAACCUAUCACAAGAUUUUAUGAAAGAAUUAAAACGUGCUACGAUAGGUCGUAAAAAGAGUCUUGAUGUGUCCAAUGGAAAAUCUGACGAUGAAAGUCACGCAUCAGAAUCAUCAACACCAAGUAAUUCUCGUCCAACUACACCUGUUGCUAGUCGGACUCGGGAAGCCGGUGUCAACAAUCUUGUCUACUCAAUCGAUCGCGAUACUUUGGUUAAUGAACCUAUCGAACAACCUCCAGUUAGAGAACCUCAGACACCGUCAUCUUCAAACAAACGUUUACCACCUCCUCCGAUACCGGUUCGUAAUCCUAUCAAUAAUAAUACCACAGCAAUGAACAGUAAUCAUGAGAAAAGUCCGAAAACACCCGAUCAACCACCUGAAUUACCACCGAAAACGAGUCGAGCUGUAGUCGCAGCUGGUAAAUUCGCUGCUACAACUCACAAUGCCACACUUAACAAUAAACCGAACCCAACUAUUAAUAAAGAAAAUCAUCAAGCAGGAACAUCACCGGUAGGAUCAACGUCGACAAAUCAAGAUGUAAAAUUAGUACCAAGACAAAAACCAAAAUCUAAUCGAAGGAAAAUGACAGAAGAAGAGGCAAUCAAUGAACUUGAACCUGUUGCGGGCAAGGAUGAUCCCACAACAAGAUUUCUUAUCAAGAAGAAACUUGGCUCCGGAGCUGCAGGUGAUGUCGAUUUAGCUCUAGACACGAAAACAAACACAAAAAUUGCUAUUAAACGAAUGCUUUGGUCGAAACAACCUCGUAAAGAAUUGAUUGUCAGUGAAAUUCAUGUUAUGAAAAACUGUCGGUUUCGUUCGAUUGUCAAUUUUCUUGAUUGUUAUCUAAGACCCAAUGAAUUGUGGAUCGUCAUGGAAUAUAUGAAUGGUGGACAGUUAACACAAAUCGUCGAACAAACAGUACUUGACGAAGGACAAAUGGCUGCGGUAACAAAAGAAUGUUUAGAAGCAUUGCAAUUCCUACAUAGCAAAAACAUUAUUCACCGUGAUGUAAAAUCUGAUAACGUGCUUGUUGGAUUUGACGGUUCAGUCAAACUAACCGAUUUCGGUUUUUGUGCUCAAUUAGCAAAUACCGAAAGUCUACGAACAACAAUGGUAGGAACUCCUUAUUGGAUGUCGCCAGAAGUGAUAAAAAAACUUAAAUAUGAUCGAAAAGUUGACAUAUGGUCACUGGGUAUUUUACUGAUUGAAAUGAUCGAUGGUUCUCCUCCAUACAUAAACGAACAACCGUUUCGUGCGAUGUGUAAAAUCGCCAUGCAAGAAGAGCCACCUACAAUUACUGCUGAAUCUCAAGCACGUGUAUCCUCCGACACUAUGAAUUUUCUUAAACGUUGCCUAACAAUCGAUCCUCAACAACGUGCUGACACUUAUGAACUUCUGGAACAUUCGUUCAUCAAACGUGCGAAACCUCUCACUUCACUUUGUCCAAAUAUCAAAGCUGUUUGCAAGGGUGAUACCGAUUAG